AUGUCGGCUGAAGAGAGGAAGGCGGAAAAUGCUCAGGCUGUUGAGGUACUUAGUCGUGAGGUUCAGAGCCUAGAUGAGAAUUCGUUCCCAACGCUGAAGUCCAUUGGCGAGAACGAACUAUUCCGCCUCCGCGGUGGCAUUUCUGACACUCUCGACGUUGUUGAUAACAAACGUGUAAAGAUUCGGGCUAAGGUCACUAUUCCUGUGGAGCAGUACCCCAGUAUAAAUUUUGUCGGAAAGCUUCUUGGCCCAGGUGGGCAAACCCUCCGCUCUAUUCAGGAAGAAACUCGCACCAAAAUGGCCAUUCUUGGGCAUGGUUCGCUGCGGGAUGAGGCGAAAGAGAAGGAGCUCUUGUCCGGUGGCGACCCAAAAUAUCAGCACCUAAAGCAACCACUCCAUCUCCAGAUCGAUUGUCUAGCUCCCCCUGCAGAGGCCUAUUAUAAUGUCUCCCAUGCACUUGCUCAGGUGAAACGUGUCAUGAUGCCAGAUGCAAAUGGUCAACAGAAUGCUCCGUGGGGUGUUGGCACUCCAAAUGCCGCCAGCCGUGGUGCUGCCGCCAUGCGUGGUCGCGGUCGAGGUCGUGGUGGCUUUGCGAAUCAGGCGGCCUACGGAACUCCGGCAAGCUUUGCCACUCCACCGGCAGGAGGUAUGCGCGGUGCUCGUGGGGGCGCUGCUAGGGGUCGUGGUUGGGGUGUUAGCAGCGCAGCUCCUACUGCCGGUCCAGCGACCGCCGCUGUUCCGGCUCAAGGUGACGUCUACGGGAACGGAAUGGAGCAGUAUGCUUAUCCUGACCAGCUGACCUACGAUCAAAGUCAGUACACUGCCACGGGCUACGAGGACUACUCGGCGCAAUACGGCCAAACCGAUGCAUGGGGCAAAAUGCUUACAACCGAUAGUCGAGGACGAGCGCGUGCACAUCCUUAUGCCAGACCAGGAGGAAAGGAGGAAACUGCUUGA